AAUACACAGAAGUUAUAUCAACUCAAUGUCCAAAUAGAUGUCAAUAAAGAAGUUUCGACACAAACCAAGAAAAUUGGUUUCCGAACCAUAAAACUGGUUCAAAACCCAAUCAAACCAAAUGGUCUGACCUUUUACUUUGAAGUUAACGAAAAGCCAUUCUUCGCUAAGGGAACGAAUUGGAUCCCAACCAAUGUCCUGAUGGAAGACAUCACUCCCGAGUACUUACGACACGUCUUGGGAUCAGCAAAGCGUGCGAACAUGAAUAUGAUGAGAGUGUGGGGCGGAGGGGUGUAUGAGUCGGACCUGUUCUACGAGUUGGCCGACGAGUACGGGAUUAUGAUUUGGCAGGACUUCAUGUUUGCCUGUUCUCUAUAUCCGGCGACAAAAGAGUUCUUAGAUUCAGUGAGCGAUGAAGUGAUCACUCAAGUCAGGCGUAUUCAACACCACCCAUCCAUCGCCCUUUGGGCCGGUAACAACGAGAAUGAGCAAGGUCUGGCCGGUUGGUGGAAACCACAUUUGCCACAAUACGACGCCGACUAUCGCGCCCUAUAUAUCGGAACCAUUGGAAAGAUACUGUCGACCGAAGACACAACUCGUCCGUACGCGCCGUCGAGUCCGUCCAAUGGUCUGCAAGACAUCAAAGACAACUACACGUCAAGCAAUCCCGAGGACUCACGUUAUGGCGAUAUUCACUACUAUAACGACGGCUCCCGUCUCUGGGACUGGACUACGUUCUGGAGCCCAAAGUUUGCCUCCGAAUACGGCUUUCAAUCGUAUCCAUCGCUUGAGACACUUCACUCGGCCUUCGAUGACAAAGACCUGGUCUACCCGUUGGCGCCUAAUGUGCAGCACCAUCAGCACCAUCCCGGAGGCGAUCAGACUAUUGAUAAACAGAUUGACUAUUAUUUGAGACGACCCUCGAGUGGAGGAAUCGAUCGAUUGAAUGAUUUUGUCUAUUCUUCGCAAAUAAUACAAGCGAUGGCUAUGAAGACGGAGACAGAGUUUUAUCACUAUUAUUUGAGACGACCCUCGAGUGGAGGAAUCGAUCGAUUGAAUGAUUUUGUCUAUUCUUCGCAAAUAAUACAAGCGAUGGCUAUGAAGACGGAGACAGAGUUUUAUCGUCGUAAUCGUGCCAUUGAUCCCAACAGUGGUAAUGGGUAUACAAUGGGAGCCCUGUAUUGGCAACUCAACGAUAUAUGGCCGGCGCCCUCCUGGGCCUCCAUUGAACACAACGGCAAGUGGAAAGUCCUCCACUCAUAUGUUAUCCACUUCUUGGACAACCAUUUGGUCUCUCCCUAUGAAGACAGGGAUAAGAGUUUAAAAGUAUCGUUUGUGAGGGACGACUAUUUGGGAGAGUUAUCAUUCAAUUACAGUAUUAAAGCAAAUAACUUUAUGUUAUUAACGGAACCGAAAAACUCAAAACUAGUCAAACCAGAGCUCAAACUAAUUGACGUGAAGAAAAAGUCUGUGUCUGAAUCUAAUGAUAACAAUCAUGUCUUUGAGAUCACAUUGUCUUCGCAAUCGAUCGCAGCGUUUGUUGUGAUGGACUUUAAGCCCAAAUCGGGAAUUAGGGGUCAAUUCAUGGAAAACGGAUUUUUUAUAUUUGGCAGUAAAACGAUUGAAAUGCAAACCGAGUCUAAUGUCAGUGAAAACGAUAUCAAAGAUAAUCUCACGUUUAAGACACUCACAGAUGUUGUG